CAAAUCAUCUGGUGGAUGCAUAUAGUGGUUAGUUUCGAUUCUCCGCCGUUGUCGAAUUCGAGAGAAAGUUACUUCUAUGUUCGUUCAUAACUGAUCGACAAUUAUUUUCUGUGUGUAAUUUUGAAGGUCUCUUCCGAUGUUGGGAAAUGGGCACUGGAGCUAGCAGCGGAGGAUCACAAACAGGCUCGAACCCCAAUGUCAAGGAGGGCUCCACACCAUCAGCGGAGGACAAAUUGUCGAGGAAAACGUCUUCAAUUUCGAAAAAACACUCCAAUGGCUUCAUAACAUUAAGUUAUGAGCCAACAAAUACACCACUUAUUCGGAAGCGGGGCUUUAUCAAGGAAGGAUUUCCCAUUCAUGGGCUUAUUCAAGACAAAUAUUUUCUUAUUAAAGAUCAUUUUGAUGGAAUCGACAAGCUCAAGACUUUGGACUUGUACGGGGCUCCGAAUUUUCGAAAGAGUCGGGGUCCCUAUCCGGUCUACGGAAUGGGUCAACCGUCCAGAGAUGGAUUAGCACAAGUUAUUCAAACUCUGGUUGAAAAUGGACAUAAGGUGAGAGUUUAAACAUUAUUCAUGAAGUAUUGUUGCUGUUGGCUCAAUUUUGAGUGCUAGUGGUACGUUGUUGGUUUUAUUUCCGCGCGAAAACUAGAGAGUUGCCAACGUUUGCGAUGUCCUGCUUAAUUAAUUGAAAACUUCCCUGACGCAUUUUAAGCCUAAACUCGUGUAGGGAUUCCCUUCGUUCUUUUGAAUUAUAAAGACAAUACAUAAUCAUGUCGAAUUAAUGUUUUGCGUUUGACUCAGUGACACGAGGACGCAAAGACCAAGCAUAUCGAUUACCCUUACUUAAAAAAACAUAUUUGGUAACGUUUAAAAUUCCUCACGUAACCAGUCCGAAAGGUGAUCGAUAAAUUUUAUCCUUUUAUGCAUGCGAAAAGAUUUUUAUCCAAGUUAAUUAUUUUUGGGAUAUGGGGCAAAUAUCUUUGCUUUAAGAUACUGAAUAAGGGCACAGCGUGUUGUAAUAUUUUCUCGUUAUUGUGAGCAUAAAAAAAGUGAUAUUUGCCUUUUGGCAUAUUUCGUCCUUGUCAGGGAAAGUAAUUUUAGUGAGUGGCAGCGCGGUAAAAAUCGAUUAAAUGUCAAUAGAAACGGCAAAAAUCACACUUGUCCUACUUGGUUUUUGCAAAUCGCGCAAUAAACCCUCGAUCACUUUCGGUAUUUUAGGCUCGCCCGUUACUAAACACGUUAAGCGUAAAAUUUUUCGUCAUUUUGCUUUUCGUUUUAAUUAAAGAAGUGUUGUAACACGAAUACUUUGGUAAAAUUCUAUCUUCAUUCGCUCGCAUUAUUAUGACGGGAAACUUUCCCGAGGUUUACAUGGCAACGUUCUUACGUAAGACAAAUUUAAUUGAUUUUGAAGCCUUUGAUAGAGCUACUCGUAUUGAUUUAGCUGAAAGCAUAGGAAAAACCUCACGUAAACAUACUCUAAGGUGUAUGCUAGUCGUACAAACACUUUAGUUAGUCGGGGUAGCCGACGAAGUAUUAAAGGGAAAAAAAACACAAAAAAAUCUGAGGUUUUUUCGGCACUUUAAUCAACGCUAUAUUCUCUCACUGAACUGUCGAAUAAACGUCAUUAAUAUGCAGCACGUAUUUCUCAUUUCCGCCUGCCAGCUGCAAGGAACUAUCGCUCCGUGGUGUCUCGGAAACGAGAUUGCACCUUAUCUUUUCUCUUUUUUGACAAUGCGUAUGUUUGUUAUGCGUAACUUCUUAGAAAAAAAUACCAUUUGUACGGAGCUAUAAGGCGAUAUACUUUUUUCUUAAGAGAACAAACAAAAAAAAAUUAAAAUUUAAGGAUUUCUUUUCCUUUUUUUUAAAAAUAAGUAUCCGCUCUGUCGACUCUGUUCCUUUGUUGGCAUUGUUACUAUUUUAUUUGUUUUGAAUCAUCCUUGCUAUAUCCUUAUAAAUUUUACUGAAACUCAUAGGGUUUUGAUAUCGUUUGCUAUUGGACAAAACGUUGUUUUAACAUCAUUUUUUUUUAAAGGUUAAUCAUUUUAACUUUAAUAUAUCGCAAGAGUUUUUGAUCACAAGCAUUCCCAGACCAAUUAUCUUGCGUAGACUAAAUACUAGUCCAUUCUCUAAAAAUGUUGAAGUUGUCGAUAUGGUUUAAAAAUUCUUGUGUCAUAUAUUUUUUUGGGUUUUCAUCAUAAUUCGAUAGGAGGAAAAUUCAAAGCCCUCAAUAAUAUAUUAUAUAGUGUAACACAUCUUGCGGUGCAGUAAUUAAAAAGUUGAAAGGGUCUAUUUAUUUACGUUGACCUUUAUCAAACUUUGAUUGUCAUCAGCAAUCACUCAGCGUAAAAGCAUUCUUUUUCAAAACAACAAAAACGCUGGAAACGUUUUUAUAACUAUGAUGCUCAACAUUCACGCCUUUUUGAAUUGCUUCUUGUAAAGUACUUGGAAAAAAUGCACUUCUGGAACGUUUUUAUACAUUGCCAUAAUGUCUUCUCAAUCCUUUAUCUCGUCAUUAACUGUCUUUCAGUCUCUCUUUCAGCUAUUGUGUUAAAGUAAUUUCCGCAAAAUAAUGAAAGAACUUGAAAUGACUAAGCAGAAGCUAAAAAUGACACUUAGUCGAAUAAACGAUUGGAAAACCAAUCACUUGUAAAUGACUCGCCCCGUCACGACUUCAGCAUUACAGCACUUUUCAAUUGAGUGUCAAAGUCCAAACACCAAGUAAUCACAACGGCCAAUCAAAACACAGGUUAAUAUCAAAGUUAACCAAUGGAAAAUUAAAGUUUACACAGGUAAACUGCUUACAACACGGGAAAUCGCGCGUGACCAGGUUGCGGUUAAUUUUGCAUUUGAUUGGUUGAAAGGAUUGCUGAAAUUUUCCAGACCAAUUAUACAACGAGGCAAAGCAGGAUCAAUGCAAUCUCGUACUACUAUCGAUAUUCAACUCUCUGUUUGCAAGCCUCAUCCAUCUGUUCCAUCCUUCAUCCUUGUUACUUCUUGUUUCAUUUUGGUUUUCCUGGUGUUUCUUCCCACGAGCAAACGAGUACUUCAAGAUUAAAUUCUAUUAAUGGUCGAUUCUCUUCGACGCUGAAAUGACAAAAUACCAUAUAUUUAAGAGCGGAUCCUUUGACACUUCUGAUCACGGCUUCGUAUCCGUUGACUUUUCUUUUGUAGUGAUUAUUGCAUUAGCUGUAAAUGGUCAUGUAGUAGUUCGGUGAUAUGACUGCAAUCCAAUCCUGACUAUUUAUUAAUGUCAUUGUCAUUAUCAUCUCAUUUACCGGAAUUGCACAGGAAAUUGUCUCAUUUAACUUGAGAGAGGAGCCAGUGAUAUUCGUUGGUCUCAAUCACGACUUUGUGCCAUACUCUCCACGGGACCCGACCAGUCUGAAGGGGAACAUCGCUAAUCACGGAGUGAAACCUGAGGAACUGGCAGAGACAGAGCUCAAAAUAAGAGAGGAGGUAAAUUACUCUUACUGUGUUUGUGAAAAACUUGAACUCGCUGAUGAAGUGUUGCUCAACGACGGUUGUAUUUUUUUUUAACUGUUUUAAAAGCCAGUCACCGUCAGAGCGUCAAACCAGCUGAUAACCGUUUCAGGUUCAAGCCUUUCUUUAAUUCAGUGCUUUGGAUCAAAAUCAUAAGCUCAAUGGCCAAUCAAGACAGCAGACUUGGUUCUCUGUUAAUUCAAAUGGUAGUGCUAGACGUGGUACACUGUAAAUACCUAGUUGUGGAAUUGCUAAAAAAAUGAAGCCAAUCGGCAUACCCAAUAUUUGCCACUCCCUGCACUUGGCCCCAAAGCGGUUGUCUUGCACCACCGCGCCGUGACAGACAAUUUAAAGACGCAUCCCAUAUUCUUAGGCGUUUCUACUUUUAGCAAGACGGUUCAGCCUGCAUCCUGCAAAGGUAACCUUUGAGCAUGGUAAGCCAUUCUCCAACUGAUAACUUAGCAUUCUCUCAGCUGAAAUAAAUUCUAGCCAGAUAUUAUAUUUGGCGUUUUGAUCUUCAAGUGAUAUUUUCUUUUUGAUUUUAAGGUUCGACUUUUUCAUCUUUUUUCCCCAGUACACCACAACCUCGAUCGGAUGGUAACUAUCACAGCUGAUUCCUCUUUCCUUAUCUUCUUUUUUUUUUCUCCAGAUAAUCAGGUUUUCAAUCGAUGAAGGAGGUAAAUUUUAUUUCUACAAUAACGUGGAAACGUUCGAGGACGAACCGCACACGUACAACGUCGCAUACGAAGAGGAUUUGUGUGUUUUGGAUGAGAUAUACAGCAGACAAAUCUUCCUUACCCCUCUCCUCAGGUAAAGCGGCUGUACGGGAUCCAUUUGUCUGUUAGUCAUGAAUUUGUUGCAUGAGGAGGAAGGAGCGGCUAUAUAAUUCUUGAAGGAGGCGCAAAAUCAAAAAAUUCAUUCUCGAUGCUACGUUAACUGUUAAUGAAUUUAGGAGUGAUUUCUGAAUUGGGGGACUAGUCAGCUCCAAUAUUAGAAGCUAAGUAUCCAUUCUUUUGACGUUGAUAUCAUGUCUGUAUUAAGAGGUGAUCCUCAAUUCACGGCUGAAGCGUGGCAGGAUUUAGGCUUCAGUUAUUCACCUGAUUCUUGCUACUUCAUAGCACCGGUCCCGGACAAAGUAGCUCUGCUCUUAGAAAAGCGCCAGCCAAAAACAUAGCUAAUACUGAUUUGGAAAUAUGAUCAAAGUAUCUUUAGUUUAGACCAGACACACAUUUUUGCUCUGUCCACAACGCAGAUGAUGGUGGUUCAUGAACAUGAGUGUUGGUCGUCUUUGAGUCUAGUCGACAUCACCAUCUCUGGCCUUACCAUCCUCGUUCGUUCAUGGUUGCGAAAUGUUUUGUGUGUUGUAUAACCUCACUGUGGUAAUUUUUUAUAAAACCAAUAAAAUUAUCAGACUUUUUCUCGUCAAAAUUGGAUUUGUGCGAUUAGGAUAGAGUAAGAGAUCUAACAGGCCUUUUGACAUCGUGCAGGUAUUCUCGGAUCCCUAUAACUGCCACAAACGCUCCAGAGGAGCAGGAUUUUGACCAGUUCAUCACUGCCAUUAAGGACAUACCCCAGUUGUUCGACAAGAAUUCCUCAGCUCCUCUGCCGGCCAUGUUGUUCAACUGUCACGUGGGCCAAGGUCGCAGCACCACAGGCAUGGUCAUUGGAUGUCUGAUUACUUCACAUAGGACUGGCUUCCCAACUGAAGCACAGUGAGUGCAGAGAAAACUUUUUUUUUUUUUUAAUGAUGACUAGGGCUUGAUUUGUUUGAGUCAAACAAAGGUGUAGGUUUACACAAUCGGCUGGAAGAGUAACCUUCCUCAGGCUGAUUAAACACGCCUCUAACGGCAGCUGAGAUUCAUCAAGGAACUAGCGAACUUAUCCCGGGUAUAGUUUUUGAAAAGAUAAUGGAAAAUAAAAGAAAUAAAGAUCAAAAGAGGAUAAAAUGCGAUCAUUAUUACAGUGCAUGUCAUAGCCCGGGCCUGAGACGCGGAAUACAAGGAACUAACCUAUAAUUUCCGCGAACUUAGCUUCGACGAUGAUCUUUGCUUGUGUUAUCGAGAGAUCCAUCUUUACCACAGAAAAGAGGCCUUUUCAGGUCACGUCUAUGCUCAUCCAGAUGAUUGGACCACAAAAUCAGCUUUUUCUCAGUCCAUAGUUAGAACCAUCAACGGAAAUGCAAUUUUUGUUUUCAUUACAGUUAAGAUUUUCAUAUCGUGAUGACCGCUUACUUGUUCAACUUGUGAUGGAGUUAUGAAGUGAAAUCUGUAACACAUUCAGUCAUCUAUGUUGAAAUUACACUGUUUUUCUUCCUAGCGCCAUUCCAUUGCCUAUGGACGAAAACAACCCGAAUUUGGAGAAGGGAGAAUUCAGAAUAAUUCAACAGUUGGUGAAAAAUCUUCCCAAUGGAACACAGAUAAAACACGAGGUUUGUUUUCAGUUUAGAAGUUUACCUUGUUAGAUCAACCGUCAAAUAAUGAAUCAACCAAUUAUUUUCGUUGUGCAUCGUAACACUUAUACAAAGGGCUCCGUUGGCUGGCCCGCCCACCUCUGUUACCGAUCUUCCUUAAAAUUUUCCCCUUAAACAUCAUCAAAAGCUUAAUUUAGGCAAAGGAUCAGUUAGAAAAUAGAUGAACCAUUUUUGAAUAUCUGUAGGAAGAGACACUGACAAACCUCUAAGAAAAUGAAGGCGGCAUUGCCGAAUGGCCUGUGUUGUUGGUACCGAUAUACUACUGUCCUAAGCCAAGAGACUAAGAUCAAAUUCUCAACCCAGACUUUCAAAUGGCUUCGUUUAUUUAUAUUCCUGAGUUCAACAUUUCCACUGCGUUUUUUCAGUAGUCAAUUGUCUUGCCUCUCGUCAUAAAGCUGACUCCCGUUUGGUGUAUUUCUCUAGGUUGAUUCAGUCAUCGACAUAUGUUCUGACGUUAUGAAUCUGCGGUCUGUCAGCUUUGAAUGUAAAUGUAAACUAGAAGAGAUAAAGGAUGACUAUAAAAUUGAGGUAAGUCAAAAGAGAGGUUUUGUACAAAAAUUUUGGCAUUGCCCAGAUUGCCCAGCUGACUUAGAAGAGGUUCAGUGAUAAUGUGUAUUGCGAAAUGAUGGAAACUGGUUUUACCUUAGCAUAGUCCUUAGCAUAGAUAUAGCGUACUCUGUUUUCAUUUAAUAAAAAAACUGAAAUUAUUCGCAGGGUCAUAGUGCGCGUGAAUACUGGUUAAGAAGAGGUCUGAGUGCCCUGGAAAGAUAUUUCUUCUUGAUACUCUUUAACGCCUACUUACACGAGCAGGUGAGAUGAGUGGAAAUCAUUUGUAAAAGGUCAUAAAAGCCUAAUAUAGCAAGUUGUCGUUUCGAGUAGGAAACUGCACAGCAGAGUCGAUGAUAAACUAAGAUGGCCUUAGGAUAAUCAAGGAUGGAAAAAUUCAGGCUGAAAUUCUUAUGGUCUACAAACUGUAAAGUUGCUUGUAGCGCUGGCGGGAUACGAUUUUGCCCUUUUGGUCUUGUAAGUGAAUAUACUGUCGCCCUAUUGCAUUAGGGCUGAGAAGGGAGGGAACAAAUUCCAAAAUAAAUAGGUAGGAUGACAAUGAAUUAAGCAAAGAACUUUGGUUCUCAUUGUUGGUUAUUCUAUGUUCAAGUCUGCUUGUUGCGUUUAUCAUGUUGCGGCAUGGAAACUCACUCGAGUUUUCUCUCUUAUGCUUAGUUCCCACUCAUGUUUGCUCAAACGUUCCGGAAAUGGAUGCAGCACAGGCCAUGGCUCUACAGAAUGUUGAGUCAUAUUGACGUCAUGGAGAAAGGAGUGACGUCAGAAUUUACGUCUAAAUACCAAAAUCAAACUUGUCUGGUAAUUGACUUUUACUUGAGUGUUAACUAAAAGGAUAUGCAGUGAUAAAUUAUGAUAGCUACCUUAAAGAUAGUGGCCAAACAAAGCUUAUUAUGUGAUACUUUUAAACCUUGGUGACUUUCUAAAAACAUCAAGGUCUUCUUAUGUAGAAAAUUUCAGGUGUUUAAUGUAUGAUCUUGACGUUGCAUUCAGGUUGCUGAUGAACAAGUCAGUCUUGAUGUUUUAAGCACUCAGCGGGAGUUUGAGGUAUUUAAUUCUGAAAAAGUGGUUAAUUUGUUUUAAAGAGACACGAAAUAACUUGCUUAAACGAGGGUAAUGGUUUCGUUACUUUUAUUUUCAGGUGUCGAAUUUCCGCAAGGUUCACGGAUUCCCUAUUUAUGGCAUGUGUCAGCCGUCAAGACAGGUACUUCAACAAAAAGAGCAACUUGAACAAAAACGGACACAAAAAACAAAAACACGAAAAAAUAUAAACAUAACAAAAGUAAGAAUAGCUUCAUAACAGCAAAAUAAAGAGAGACAACUACAAAAUAUAUUACUGAAGCACGAAUCACUGUUCAGAGGGUCUCAAUGGGUGAUGGCCUUUACGGCUAGCGGUUAAUUUCUUUCUAUAGUUUUCACCAGAAAUUUUAGUUACGGUUAACUUUUUUUACGGCUAACGGCUAAAGUUUUUAGCCGUUUUACAGCUAACGGUUAACCACAUUGAGACGCUUAAUUUAGUAACACGUUCCUCUACCUUUUCAGGGCCUAAACAAUGUUGCACAUUAUCUUUUGGGUCCAAAAUGUCUUCAUCCCAAAGUCGUUUUCUUAAAUCUAAGAGAGGAUCUUGUCGUGGACUGUGAUGGAAGCACAUUUAGUCCAAGAGAGGUGAGGAUAAAAUGAAUCGAAACGCAUUUUGCCAUAGUGACACUUGUUGCAGUUUGCCGUCAAUAGCGGUUUGAUUAUCUUGAACCGUUUUGCUAGCUUUCGCCGGGUAAGGGAGGGGUGGCCGGCUGCAUAGCCAUAGCGGUUGACACUGGGUUGAUGUUGGCGAUCUGUGUUCUUUUAUAGUUUGCAUUUUGUCACGGUCUAUUCAGUCCACAGUCCUAGUCCUCAGAGUCAAUUGUAUCACCUAUGAUACACAAAGCACGAAACAGGAGUAAACUUAAACCUUGUUUUGAUAUGCAAUAAGACGUGAUUUGAAGAGCGCUUACAUAGAUAAAUAAUAACUCCUUUAUAUCUUUCUUCACGUUUCGUCUUGCUUUAGUUUUCUAGUGACAAUUCUGCCUUGAUUACAAAGAAUUUCUAAUAGCUGUCAGAAUUUUAGAAAUCCCCUAAGCUAUUGACUUUUUUUUUUACUUCAGUUAUCAAGUCUGUGUGAGCAUAUGCCUUUCAGAGGACUGGACACUUGUGAGAUUGAGGUGAGGCCUUGCCUUCACUGUCUCGUGAGAAAAACUUCUCAAUCUAAUAGUUUAGACCAGGAGCUGUUUCUUGGGUUAUUGUGUUGUGUUCCCUUAUCGUUUUUCACUCAUCUCUCCUGUUUCAAAAUUUACAGCAAAAGGAGAGCGAACUGAAGUCAGAACUACUCAAGAAAGGAAAGAGACAAUACACACAGGUUAGUUUUGCGUAACAAUAUUUUUUAUUCAGGUUUUGGUAAGGUCUAUAGGCUUUCCUUACCAAAAUACCGGUAAAAAAAAGUUGACGGAGUAAAACAUCCUUUGCGUUUCAUUAUGAUAGAACUAUAUUUACCCAUGUGAUGAUUUUUUUCUAACAUCUGUACUAAGAUUUAAAUCUCUCAUUUUUCCUUUAAAUUCCAUGCAUUUGCUCUCCUUACCGAUCAUCGCAGCCAAGCUCUAACCUGCUUCUGUUAUUGGAUAUAUUGCUAACUUAUUUUAGUCAGCCCUUGUUAAUACGUUGUAUAUUUUUCAGGUGUACACUGACAUUCAGUAUGCUCCCCAGGAGCGAGAUUUUCACAGUGUCAUAACAGCGCGUGAAGCGGCAGAGCUCUGCAUGGCAAAGAAUCCCCAGAUGCUGUAUUUUAGAAUGCCAUUGUCAGAGGACAAAGCGCCGGAGGAGAAGGUAGAGUGAUAAAGGCCUUGGGUUGUUUAGAAUUAUGGAAUCGGAUUCAAGAAAAUACGUAUUAUCUUGCCUGUGCAGUUGAUAUUUGAGUAACUUCUUAUUCAAAGAUUAUACGCUCCAUUAACACCGCCAACAACUAAAAGUGACUUGAUCAAAGUCGAAAAAACACCAAGGACGACAACUGUGCUAUGACAUCAAGAGCAGCGACAGCAGCAGCAACAACAAUAACAACAAAAACAAUUGCAAAAACAACAGCAGUGACAAAAACGAUAACAAAAAAGACAACGACUACAGAAACAGACACGGCAAAAAUAACAACGACAGAAGCAACAACAAUAAUAACAGUGCAAAAAAAAAACAAUCAAUAUAAAGAAAUCAAGCAAGGAAUACCCUGAAGACCAUUCACCUUAUUUCUGUCUGUAUCUUUAAAAUAUUCAACAAAAGGCAAAUUGUCAUCCUCGUUUCGAAAACGUCUCACUAAACGUAGUUGUACAGACGAUGGUUGGCUUAUGUUCUUUAUUUCUCCACGUAGGACUUUGAUCGAAUUUUAACAAUAAUCAACAGCCUGCAUGAGAUCUACACUGACGAAGAUGGCCCUGCUAUCGUCUUUAACUGCGAGAUUGGCAAAAGUCGAACGACCACCGGAAUGGCAAUAGCAGCACUGAUUUACUGCAACAAAAGGGUAUAGAUAAGAUUUUUAUGUUACUCAAUAACACUGCACUGCAUGCAAUCUUUCACCUCAAUUCUUAUAGCUCUCUAAUGCUUGAUCAUACGAAGAAGCGUCACCGUUAGAACAAUUUGGUUUAUUUAGCCUACUUUGUGCAAAUACGCGGAGAUUUGAGUUCGUAUCAAUCUUCUGCAUGCUCCAUCCUUUUUAUUUCUUGGUCUGUCAUCACUUCGAAUGCGUAUUUCUCUUUAGUUUGUAGUCUCCUUCAGGGUGAAAUGCAGGUUGGAGUAAGUGACGCACGUCACAAAUACCGACUCAAAACAUAAUUACCAAGGGUUAUUAAAAACCUGCAUAAUUGUUUUUAGUUUGGUGAAGUAGCUUUAAUAGUUAACACAAGUUCCUAACAUAAAAUAUCUUAAGUCAAUUAUAGAAAAAUACAGCUAGAAAAUAGCUUAGUCUUGUAAAUGUUUCCUUUCCAAGGGCUUUCCUGUCGGCACGAAGGUGGAUGAACAAGAUCCAGCUUGUGUCCCAAAUGCUAAGUACACACUGGGUGAAUUUUCGGUGCGUAUUACCCAUUAAUCAUAAGAAUAACAAUUUUAUCGAUUGUGAUUGGUUUGAAAAACUCCUAUUUUCCUCCUAUCCACUUCCCAAGUUGUUAUCGGACAGUUUGUUGUUGGAUAGUUAAAAAAUCCAAUCAUAUUCAAAGUGGUUGUGUAUUAAUCAAUCACAACCUUGGUUUCAAUCACCAUAGCCUCAGCAUACAGACUCCUAUAUCUUUUCUCUCAGAAAUUGUAAUUUUUAUGAUUAAUUGCUAAGAAAACUUCGUGUCGUCCAAUUCGGUCUGUUAUCAUACUCGUGAUAAACAAAUCGGACUCCCGCUGCGUGGUCGUCUGAUUUUGUUAUCACACGUAUGAUUAUAGACCAAAUUGGACUUCACUCAGUCCUAUUACCAUAGCUUAUUUUGCUAUAACAUAAUAAGUUAGACAAUCACUAAGCAACUGCUGCCUACAUAGACACAGCACUGUGCAUGUUAGCCCUUUACAUCCGAACAUCAGUAUGCAUAUUAUCCACGCUGUCCUUUAUACAUUUCCUAAGGUGCUGUUAAGGAGAAUUAGUUUAACAGUCAAGAGCUUCUUUAGAUGGCCGAUCGUUUCCUAAAUUCUCAUGACCUGAAGGUGUGAUGCGACAGAGACACUGUAAGGAGAAAUUAGAUGCGGGUAACUCUCGCGAAUUAAAAGUUGUAACGUUAAAAAGGAGCAUUGAUGCUGCGUGGGUGGGGUGAGGUGGGGUGGGGUGGGGUAAGGUGGGGUGGGUGAGGUGGUAAGGUGGGGUGGGGUGGGGUGGGCAGAAAGCCUUCGAGACAAGAGUAACGAGUGAUCAAGGAGCAGGUAACGCAAGUAACUAACACGAGUAUUGUUCAUUUUAUUUCAGGUUAUUCGUCACCUUAAGAGAGUUCUACCUUUUGGUCCACAGAGAAAACGUGAAGUUGAUUAUGUGUUGGAUAGAAUUUCAGAGACAAUGACACCCAUGCAUUAUCACUCAAGAGAAGUUAUAUUCUCUACAUUUAAUUUGGUGAGUCACCUGGAAGUGUUAUAUUGACCUUUAGUGCGAAAGUCUUCCCUUCCUUAUUGCCACUUAUCAAGGAGUAAUCUCAGAUACGCACGAUAAGAUAGCACUGACGUUGAAGGAAGUGCUAGUAAUCCCUCACAAUCUAUUAUCUUCAAAUAAAGGUUGAGUAAUUUAUGCACAAGAUCACGGGCUAUUGAACCCCCCCAAUUUUAAAAUCACAUACCAAUAACCGUAUUGCAUCUCAACAACGUUUUUCCUGAUAUUCAACCAUCUUGCUGGUCAUUUAUCUGCUUUUCAAUUAACUUGCCCUCCCCCUUUCUCUUCAAAUUUUCAUCCUGGCCAGCUACCUAUCGAAAGACCUGACUUCAUAUACUUUGCUAUUCAAGCUCCCUUUUAAGGAUAAUUUUACCCUACCUACCUCCGUCCAUCAUAAGCUAAAACUGCGUGUUUGAAACCUUACCGACUACCUUGCGAACUCCACCAUAAACUCAAUUUUUUGCAGUAUCGCAAUGGCGUGUGCAAGAACCGAGAGGAAAUUUCGGAGCUGAGAAAAAAGAGUCUCAACUUGUUGGAGAGAUAUUUCUACCUUAUCUUGUUUAAUACGUACUUACACAUGGAAAGGAGAACCAAAUGGCAGCGUUCUUUUAGUCAGUGGAUGACUGAAGUUGCAACAGCUGCUGGUGUUUACGAGAUCCUCGACAAUUUUGGCUUCCAUGAUUUUGAAAAGACAGAGGAACGCUUGCGCGCUCUGCGCUGGAGAUGGCGGGAAAGUUACAAGGGCAAGCCGUCAUAUUGACAAUUCGGCGCGAAAUGUAACUUCUAAUCAGAGAGAGCACUGUGGACUGUGAAUAAAACGGAAAAGCGCCAAAAUUUCCGUCAAAACCGAAAAAUGGAAAUACAAUCGCUCCAACCAGAAAUUAAGAAUCUGAGCUGAAGACGCGAAAGGAUAUCAAAACCUAAAAAACAGGAGAUUUUGUGCGCCUCAAUGAACAAAACCGAUAUAAAGUAAUGCGCCUUUCUUACAGAUGUAUAGUAACUAAGGUUUAGGUGUAUUGUUACAUAUUUAUGAUCUCUAUUUAUCACAAGUCAUUGAGAUGGUAGCCAGUUGUUAUUCCUUCCCUGAAUGAUACAAGAAUUCUGGAGAAUUGCAUGGGCGGACUGUGUUCUGAGCUGUUUCGCUGGGCAAUAAUGGGCUCUAGACUUGCCAAAAGCCGAAGCAAUGGUAAAAACUGUAUAGAUAUUGCCUGAAGGAGAUUAGAGCAGACUGCUAUUACGUCUGCAGUGCUAUUUCAUCUCUACCUUGCUGUAAAUAGCCCACUGAUAACACGAGCGAACUUUAAAAUGAAUGAGCUUGCGCUUUUUAUGGUAUUUACUAGAACUGCUCCUAUAGAAACUCUCUUGCCAAUCAAGAAUGACGGGAUCAUAAAUUUCUACAUCAUGAGUGUUUUUCAAUUCAUUCUGACAUGAAAUGAAAUACAAAUUUGAUAUUUGUACCAGUUGAUCCAUAAAUUAUUAUCUCCUGAAACAAACUAACCAAAACAAAUCAAUACAGAAAAAAUGAAAAUUUUAUGGGAAGCGUUAGGCCCAAGUUAUUUUUGUGUUUAAAUUAAACAUCAAAUAAACUUAAACAUUUAAUGAGUUUGUUUGUAAUUAAACUCUGUUUACAACUGUUUAUUGGUAGACUUAAAUAAAGGAAAUAAACGUUAUCCUAACGUC